AGUUUUUGGCAAAAAUUAAAAAGUCAAUUUAAAUGAAGGUGUAAAAGUGGGAAAAUGUGUAAAUCAUGGGUUGUUAGAAGAAAUAUGAAAAAGUGAAGCGAGUAUUAAAAAUGAGAUUAUAAACUUCAAUGUUCACUUGGCUUCGCUUUUGGUCUUUUUCGCAAUUACUGACUUUUGUAGAAAAAACAAAUGAAGCAGAACCCCAUGUGGCUCCUUUAGCCUAUACUGCAUCUUCCCAGCUACUGCCUCACUUUGUCUUUUCAAUUUCCUUUCAUUUCCCAUUUUUCUUCCUUCUCAGCUUCUGAAACUGAGUGUUCUUUAACCACUUCAUGCGAUCGAACUUUUCGGAUAAAAAGAUGGUAGCAGAAUCUUGGUUUCAUAGUCUUUGGAAAAUUCCUCGGAAGCAUGAUGGAGGCUCUGAGAGGGUUGAAAUUGGAGUAUUAGCGUUUGAAGUUGCGAGCUUGAUGUCUAAGCUUGUGCAUCUAUGGCAGUGUCUGAGUGAUAAGCAGGUUAUUAGGUUGAGAGAAGAGAUCACGACUUCUGUGGGGAUUAAGAAACUAGUAUCUGAAGAUGAAGACUACAUUGGACGCUUGAUAUGUGCAGAAAUGAUUGAAAAUAUUACACAUAUGUCAGAGACAGUGGCUAGGCUUGCGAAGAAAUGUAGUGAUCCGGGUUUGAAGAGUUUUGGACUUGUGUUCACUGAGUUGGUCCAGAUUGGUGCUGAUCCUUAUGGUUGGAUAUUUUCAUCAAAGAAGAUGGACAAGAAAGUGAAGAAGAUGGAACGUUUUAUUUCGGUGAAUGCAACUUUAUAUCAAGUGAUGGAAAUCCUUGCUGAUUAUGAGCAAACUCUAAGGAGGAUGAAAAGUGGUGAUACAGAGACAGAGAGUUUGCUUGAAUUCCAGAAGAAGGUUAAGUGGAAGCAGCAUGAAGUGAAGAGUUUGCGGGAGAUGUCUCUUUGGAAUAGGACUUAUGAUUAUACAAUUCGUCUCUUGGCAAGAUCAAUAUUCACAAUAUAUGGUAGGAUUAAACAUGUCUUUGGAAUUGAACAAAAUGUAGAUGAUGGAGAUUCGAGAGUGACGAAUUCAGAUUUUAUGUAUCGCAGCCAAUCAGUUUCUGCCCUAAUGCAAUCUUCAGUUCAUCCAACCGAGAAUACUGGCCUUACCAGAUUUUCUUCAGGCCCCUUUGGAAUUUCUAGCACUAAAUCAGGCCCAAUUUCAAAACCAAAUAAAACAAUUUAUUUCCAUUCUGGGCCUCUUGGUGGCUUGGCCACAAAAUCAUGCUCUAUUGCUGGAAAGAAUGGAAAUUUCAACUUCCAUUCAGGUCCGCUUGGAAGGUCUACAGCAAAGUCAGGACCACUUUUUGGAAUGGAUAAAAUCAGCAAGAGGAUUUGGCGGACUGACAACCACCAAGCUGCUGUUAACAGAAAGAAACCACAUUUGAAAAGCAACAAAUUAACUCAAGUGGGACCUUUUAAAGGAUGCAUGAUAGAUGCCAAUGGUGCUACCAUCAGAAAUUGUUAUAUAAGUUCAAAUGGCAUUCAUUCAGGAAUUUUUAAUGGAGUCAAAGACGGAAAUGUUAAUCUUCCUGAAGGAAAUGCUGUUCAAACUAGUUCAUCAGUGUUUAGAUCUCAACGCAGGUUGUUGGAUGCUCCGCUUGAAACUCUUGGUGCUUCUGCUUUAGCACUGCACUAUGCAAAUGUUAUCAUUGUCAUUGAGAAGUUAGCAGCAUCUCCUCACUUGAUUGGUCAUGAUGCUAGAAAUGAUCUGUACAGCAUGUUACCUACAAGUGUGAGAGCUGCACUGAGGGUAAGGCUAAAACCAUAUGCAAAGAGCUUAGCUUCAUCAGUUUAUAAUACAGAGCUUGCAGGAGAGUGGACUGAGGAAAUGUCCGCCAUAUUAGAGUGGUUGGCGCCACUAGCUCAUAACAUGAUUAGAUGGCAAUCUGAACGGAGUUAUGAACAGCAGAACUUUGUUUCCAGGACAAAUGUGCUUCUGGUGCAGACUCUCUACUUUGCAAGUCGAGAAAAGACAGAAGAAGCAAUCACUGAGAUUCUUGUUGGUUUGAAUUAUGUCUGGAGACACGGUAGAGAACUCAAUGCAAAGGCUCUGCAUGAAUGUGCAAGCAGUAAAAUCUUUGAUGAAUGUUUGAAUCUGGAGAAAUAAAGUUAUUUGACCUACAUUGCAGUAUGUCCACUGAUGAAUGGCAAGAUUCCAUUUUCGUCCACCAAUGGCAGCUUGUCCAUUGUAUUUGCCAGCAUUGAUUGAAGAUGAAAGAAUGAUCCAACCUACUGUGAAAUACAUCAUAAAGCAUUCUUUGUGAGUCAGAGGUAUAGUUUGAGCUUUUAAAUCAUUUAUUAUAUAUAGUUAUAUUUUUUAGGGAAGUGCCGAUAAUGAUCUUUUCCUAGGUUUGAAGAUUGUUUGUUUAUUAUCUUCCAUGUAAUAGUAAUACCCUUUUCUAGUUAAGCAAUCAUCCGUGAAAUCUGUAUAUUAUUUAGCGAGUUGUAUAUUUACCAUAAAGGUUUAUUCUUAGAUUUAUAUGUUGGGGAUUCCUCUUGGUUGGGUGUGCUUUUAUCUAGCAGCCAAUGUGUGAAAAUAUUGAGUUUUGUACUUCUUGAUAACUGAAGCAGCUGUAAAUGAGGUUGCAUUGCCAGAAUCUGGAUUGAAUAUCACCUUUCAGACAAGCAGGCUAUCAUCUUACAGCAAGCUAUGAAAUUGCAGUGAGGUUGCUUGAAUUGUUUUUGUUGAAUGAUCUCGCGAAGUAUGGUAGCCGAUAAACAUCUGGUUUCAAUUUCCUGAGUAGCAUGAUUGUGAAGGAAGAGAUGUACUUAGAGAAGAUUGGUAUUUUAGAGAGGCUUGAGGGCGUUCAAUAAUUCCACCCAACCUUCUGCUGUCUCGUCCUAAUUUCAUUCCAAACUAAGCCACUGAACAUAUUCUGAGCUCCCAUCUUGCUGCACUAUGUACUGAGAGGCCAUCUGCCUUGUACCAAUAAUUUUAUUCAGCUCCAACUGCUUCCUUGAGUAUCUAAAACCUGCCAAAGGUUCUUCCCUUAAGCACAUCUUUACAUCUAUCCAAUAUA